AUGGCUUUGGUCACCACUGCAGAAGUGUGUGAUGCAAACCCACAGUUAAUUUUAAGUGGGGAGCUUCGUGCCCUUCAGCCAAUUUUUCAGAUUUAUGGUCGAAGACAGGUCUUUUCCGGACCAAUAGUUACCUUAAAGGUGUUUGAAGACAAUGUCUUAGUUCGUGAGUUCCUUGAAGAGAAAGGCAAUGGAAGAGUGCUUGUUGUGGAUGGCGGUGCGAGUUUGCGCUGUGCAAUACUGGGAGGAAACCCUGUGGUGCAAGCACAGAACAAUGGAUGGGCAGGUAUUAUUGUGAAUGGAUGUAUAAGAGAUGUAGAUGAGAUCAAUGGUUGUGAUAUUGGCGUGAGAGCUCUUGGUUCUCAUCCCAUGAAAGCCAAUAAGAAAGGUAUGGGAGAAAAGCAUGUUCCCAUAACUAUUGCUGGGACAAGGAUUUCCGAUGGGGAAUGGCUUUAUGCAGACACAGAUGGAAUUCUGAUUACUCGAACGGAGCUUUCUGUUUGA